ACUUGAACUAGAAAAUACAUUUUGAUUGUCCUGCUGAUUGUCCAGUUUAAACAAAGCAUCAAUAUUUCACAUCAUUCCUUGAAUUUUAUGAAUUAGUAAAGACUUUAGAUGAUACAUACUGUUAUGAUUUGCAAACUUUUUAUCACAUUCCUGUUCUUACCUGAGGCUAUGUGCCAACAGUAUGUGACGGUGAGCACCAGCGAGGGUCAAUUACGGGGUCAAGUAUUCAAUUUCCAGGGAUGGUACCCUGAAGGGGUACUUCAUGAUAUGAACAUUACCCAGUAUGUCGGAGUUCCAUUUGCCAAACCACCAAUCAAUGAGCUUCGAUGGCAGCCACCUGUGGCACCUGAUUCAUGGACAGGAGUGCGUGAUGCUUUGGAUUUUAACACUAUAUGCUGGCAGAGACCUAUUGAAGUUUAUAAUGGGUUACCCGUCCAAAUGUCUGAAGAUUGUCUCUACCUCAAUAUUUGGGUGCCUGGUACUAAUACAGAUCCAACAAACCUUAAUCUUCCUGUCAUGUUUUAUAUCCAUGGCGGGGCAUUCCAGUGGGGUACAGGCAUUAAUCCCGUUCAGUUUGGUGGCUACAUGGCAAGUGACAAUGACGUCAUUGUGGUUGGUAUAAAUUACCGUGUUAACGCCAUGGGAUUUUUAUCAACGGAAGAUAGUACAGCUCCUGGUAAUUAUGGUAUCAUGGACAUGAUACAGGCAUUAGCAUGGGUGAAAGCUAAUAUAAGGAACUUUGGUGGAAAUCCAGAUUCCAUUACCAUAUUUGGUCAGUCUGCAGGAGGUUCUGCUGUGACAUAUCUAAUGCUCUCACCACCUGCAAGAGGACUGUUUCAACGAGCUAUCUCAAUAAGUGGAGGUCCGACACCCCACUGGGCUAUGGCGAAAAAUUACCUUCGAGAACUCACCCCAUUGUUAGCGAUUGAAUUAAACUGUCCACCUGACAAUUCUCAGGCAAUGAUGACAUGUAUGAGGACCAAACCUGCAUCAGAGAUUACAAACAGGACAAUAGCUCUAAACCUUAAUAUUCUCCAAACUCGAAAUGACACACAGGGUGUUUUCGCUCCAAGAAUAGAUGGGGUGUAUAUUCCCGAUGAUCCUUUGGCAAUAGUUGAGAGAGAGGAAUUUGUUCCAGUUGAUUAUAUGACAGGAAUAACAAGCCAUGAGUCGUGGCCCUACAGACAGGACUGGUACAUUCCAAUACCAGGUGGUGGAAAACAACUUGAAAAUGGCAUGAAUUCCACUGAUUUUGACAUACUAACACAAUGGUAUUUACGCUUCUUGGACUACCCAGAGCAACGAGAGAAAGUUGCUCAAGCUGUUAAGCUUAUGUAUGAUCUCUAUGAAUCCCCAGGUGACAGCAUAGAGAGGACCAUGUCUUAUACAAAUUUCCUUUCUGAUUUCCAAUUCAAUGCACAUAAUGACAGAUUCGCUAAGUUAUACUCAAAGCAUGCACCUUCAAAUGCUGUGUACAAUUAUUACUUUUCGGCAUUUGUCUCAUUGGACCAGAGGAUCAUCUAUGAGCCACAACUGCCAAUCUGGGUGAGGGCAACACAUGCUGAUGAUAUUGCUACUGUGUUUGGUAAGGCUAAGUACACCAUGGAUGAUGAAGUGACACUUGAUGAAAGAGUCCUUAGUAAUGCUGUGAUGGUAGCAUACUCAAACUUUGCCAAAGCAGGAAACCCUGGGAGCAUAGGUACUGUUUCCUGGCCAAGGUUUACAGAAGCUAAUCCAGCCUAUAUGGAGCUGACCACCCCUGUUGAGCAUACACGCAUCAUAAAUCCAUUCUUUCCAAAACGUAUGGCAUUCUGGUCAGAGUUUGUGUGGCCAAUGUUAGACCAGCCAUCUCCAAGUUGUGUGAAGGAUGA